CUUGUAAGGAAACCUUGUUCACACCAGUGCUGAAGAGGCGUCACCAGUCCGGUUACUUUACACAAGUGCUUUAAAAUAUGACUUGGAAAGCAUGACACCGAUAAGACGCCUGAUUCACUUUCAGCUCUACCACCUACCAGGGGAGACUGGACUGCAGGUUUCUACAUUUUCUGUUCUUGAAAACUGAAAUUUAAGCCUGUGGUUCACAAAUGGCAAGCGGGGAGAUCCUGUGUCUGUUGCUGAUCGUAGGUUCAAUUGGCUGCCAGGCCGAUUCCACUAGAAAUGGAUUCUGGGAUUAUUUCAGCCAGGUGACCACUGAGAAGAAUGAACAGAGCCUACCUAAGAAUCUUGCAACAGAAGUCAGUGGUUUCAGAAACAGCUUUCAAAAUGGAGUAAAUUACGUUGGCAACAUCUUUAGUCCGUGGAAGAGUGGGCUCCAUAAUCGCUUGUAUAAAGACUCAGAGGGCUUGCGCAGGCUGAUACGUAGAGAACUGCACGAGAUCCAAAGGAAGAUUUACCCUUAUAUCGAUGACGCCCACCAAAAGAUAAGCCAGAACCUAGAGCAAGUCCAGAACCGCUUGGUGCCUUACACGGAUGAGCUGAAAUACCACAUGCAGUGGGGAGCACAGGAGCUCAAGGCGCAGUUCAGUCUGAACAAGGUUCAUAUGAGCAACGGGAUACCACACAAGCUAGCGGAAAACUUACAAGACCAAAUCGUAUUGCAGACGGAGAAGGUUAAAAAACUGAUGCUACCACUGGGUGAUAAACUAUUGGCAGAGAUCCAUCAUGCAGUUGAAGAACUCCAUGGAAACCUAUCUCCUCAUGCUCUGACCUCGCAGGAAAAGUUGAACGCUCAGGUCCAAGAACUUUCUCGUAAACUGUCUCAGAACGCAAACAAUCUGCAUAAGAAGAUCCAUAAAAACUUGGAUGCACUGAAAGAACAGCUCGUGACGUAUCCCCAAAAUUUUAGAGACAGGUUUCCAGGCAGUCAGUCCGAUGAACCGGUAGCGCCCUACGUGGAAGAGAUGACCGCUCAGGUGUACAAAGAAGUAGAGGAGUUUCAGAGGAAUACUCAGAUGCAGAUUGAACACUUUACCCAUACUAUUAACAUGGAAAUGGAGGAGAUGAAGUACAAAUUGUCUCCAGCCGCAACAGACCUGCAUGACACAGUGACUUCAAUAGAGAACAUACAGGAGAAACUGGAGUCCUUGUGGACAGAGAUAUCUCAGAACUUAAAAUAGUCUGACAUGAACUCUGGGUCUAUUGACAAAAAUCGGGAAAUGAUACAAUGUGAAUCCAUUGGAAGAAAAUGAAAGCACUUACCUUAAAUUUCCACUUGGACUUUAAUAUACUGUAUAUACUGUUCUGUUUUCCAUAUGUGAUAUGUGGGACAUCUCCAGCUCUCGGGACCAAAAAAGAAGUUUGUGUAAAAUGCUAGGAAAUGUUCCUGCACUGCAUUUUAAAUCAUAUUAUCAUAUUAAAUUAAAGGAGUUUUCUGGGAGAAAAAUAUUGAAGAUCUAUCCUCGGGAUGGGGAUCAGUGGGGGUCAGACUCUUAGCUCCCCCACCGAUAAGCUGUUUCAAGAGGCCGCAGUGCUCUGGUCAGCAACACAGCCUCUUCCUAGGUUAGUGACGUCACAUUCAUCGUUUAGGUGGCCUACAGUAGGUGCAGCUUAGUCCUGUUCAAGUGAAUGACCAUGGGCAGCAAUACCAAGCACGGCCACUAUACAAUGUAUGGUGCUGUACUUGGUAUGCUGUGAGGAGAACACAGCGCUCAUUGGAUGGCCUCUUCAAACAAUUGAUUGGAAGGGGUACCAGGAGUUGAAACCCAUUGAUCCCAUACUGAUGGUCUAUCCGCCCACCAUGCUCACUGAUUAACCAUUUAAAGAGGCCAUGCAUGUUCCAGUGAGGGUAGGUCAUCAGAACUGUACUCCUGGAAAGCCCUUUUCAUGUCGGCCAAACAUGUCAACUUCAGUGAGACUGGCAACCCUAUAAUAGGCCAACCCUAUAAUAUAUGGCAGAUAUUGGGAGAGAGAAGGAUCAAGUAGUUGGGCUUCAACAUGCCCAACCCUUUUCUUCUAAGGGAAGGUAAGCCACCACCUAAGGUAUCUGGCAGUGGCUUCCUGCCCUUGCCCCAUUCAGAACACAUGCAUUCUCUGCUGGGCCGAAAGUGCAUGUGCAUGGGGAAAUCAGGAGAGAUAGCUGUUGGCUGAAUUAAUGUUUGGUCAAGAUUAUUGAAGGUGUAAAGUAUGGACAGCCUCUAUGACCAUGCUCUCUUCAAGCAACCUGCACUAUGGUCAUUGUUGUUUAAAGUAGAUAUUUCCUUUAAAUUGUAAUAUCUUUGUAAAUAAAGAUUUCUAUCUGGGUGUGUACUCAUGCUAACCAACCAGGCAUUUUGUUGGGUCAUUUUUGGAUAAAAGUAAAUCCCUCCUGGAAAUAUAGUCAAAAGAGUGAAUAGCCGCUUAGAGAGAGCUUUAACCUACAGUCUCCACUAUCAAGGAUGUAGCUAAAAGAAGCUGGGUCUCACAGGAAAUUUUUGAACUCCCCCUCCAAGCAAUUUCCUUGCAAAUCCCCUCUGACAGCUAGUUGAGACC